GGACGUUACAACAUUUUGAUCUGAAGCAACGACGGGAGCUCCCUCUCGCUCGCUGUGAAGGUUAUAUUAGCAAUAUCAUAAGAACCAAUAAGAUGGUGGUUAGGAUACGACUAUCAAGAUUUGGGUGUAGAAACAAGCCAUUCUAUCGAGUGAUGGCUGCAGACAGUAGAUCCCCCAGAGAUGGGAGGCAUCUUGAAGUUCUAGGGUAUUAUAAUCCUCUCCCGGGGCAAGAUGGUGGUAAGAGGAUGGGGCUAAACUUUGAGAGAGUAAAGUAUUGGUUAUCAGUCGGAGCUCAGGCAUCAGAUCCUGUACAGAGGAUCCUCUUCAGAGCAGGUCUUCUGCCCCCACCACCAAUGCUUGCAAUAGCACGCAAGGGUGGUCCCCGUGAUACUCGUCCCAUCGAUCCAAUGACUGGCCGCUUCCUGUCCUCGAAGGAUUCUAAGGUUGCAGAUGAACCAGAAGAAAAGGAUCAAGGAGAAUUUUGAGUUAACCUAGUAUUGGCUUUGCUUAUAAUAGUUUAAUUAAUCAUACUACAAAUUUUUUUUUUUUUUUUUUGAAAUUGUUCAUGAUUCUCAUAGAAGUUUUGAAUAUUAUGAUAUUAUGGCAUUAUAUUCCUUUUAUUGUA